AUGCACGACUUACUAAGGGAUUCACCAAGCUCACCACCGCGGGAUAGUCCUGGCGGCUUUGCUGCAUGCGCCCCAGCGGAUCGGGUGGAGUUGGAGGAGGCUGCUCGAGCAGGGGAUUUUGACCUCCUCCGAUCUGUAGCACAUAACCGAGCAUGGGUUAUGGGCCAAACCUAUUGCCGGAGCCGGGAGUCCAUUGACUCCUGCGAGCCAUACCUGCAUUCUCUGUGGUACGUCUAUUACCAAUGCGCCAGGCACGUCUCCCACGAAAGCUUUGAGCAAGACAGAUGGGUCCUUGACAUCCUCCGGACAAGGGGACGAGGGCCCCUAACGAGGCCGGCACCGGGCGCCGGUAUCGAUAUUGCCAGGACUCCCCAUGGGACUGUCUGGAACGAUCUGCCGUUCCUUGCGACGGACAUGACAGAGUUGUGGAUUAACGACUGCGCGGCAAUGGACGCAAAGCAGCGCCUCAAUGCUGCGUCCUUCCUUGCGAAGCUUGCAUCCACGCGCGUUGCAAAUGAUCGGCUUUGCCAGAUUGCUCUGAUCCUUUUUCGUAAUACAUUUGAGUCUGUGCGUCCCCUUGGUAGCUCUAAUGAGCCGGAUGACGAAGACCCUCGCCGGACGAUUCAUGUAAUGACUAUCGCGUCGUUACUCCCAUCUGCAUGUGCCUGGAUCCGAGAGGCCGGGCAGAACAUUAUACUCCUAUCCGACGUCUCAUGGAAUGAUUGCUCUAACAGUACCAUCGGGAGAGGUGGUUUUACCUUCGUCCAGUCAGAGCUCGGUCAACGAGCGGCGGGUGGCUUUAGUCCCUGGAGAUGGCUAUACUGGCUUAAGCGGUUACACCAGAUCGCCGAUGAAGCAGCAAAAGCGGACGAGAAGAUUCUUGCAGAACAGGCCGGUAAGGCCAUUGAGAUCAUGUUAAGCCAUAUCAAGCAGAGGAACUCGCAGAUUCUCAGGGUGUUUGAGGCAGCGGGCGAUGCUGUGACCGAGGAUAAGGAUUUCUUGGGUCUGAAGAAGGAAUGGUAG